AGGUUUUUAGUUUUUUCAUUUUUUUUUAUUUUAUUUUUAUUAUUCUCUCUCUCUCUCUCUCUCUCUCUCUCUCGCAGUUGACAUUAUCACUUUGCUUCCACUUCAUUGCUCUUUGCAUGUGCAAAUUAGGGUGAAAUCGACAUAGUUUGAUAAGAUGGGAGGUGGAUUUAGAGUGCUGCACUUAGUAAGACCGUUUCUCUCAUUCCUUCCUGAAGUUCAGACCGCUGACAGGAAAGUUCCGUUUAGAGAGAAGGUCAUAUAUACGGUGAUCUCGCUUUUCAUUUUCUUGGUCUGUAGUCAACUUCCUCUAUAUGGGAUCCACUCGACAACAGGUGCAGAUCCGUUCUAUUGGAUGCGUGUUAUCCUUGCUUCAAACCGUGGAACUGUCAUGGAGCUUGGAAUCACUCCUAUUGUGACUUCUGGGCUGGUCAUGCAGCUUCUGGCUGGAUCAAAGAUCAUUGAAGUGGACAACAAUGUACGAGAGGACCGGGCCCUUUUGAACGGAGCACAGAAGCUACUUGGUAUUUUGAUAGCUGUCGGAGAGGCAGUUGCCUACGUUCUUUCAGGGAUGUAUGGCAGUGUAGGCCAACUUGGAGUGGGAAAUGCCAUCCUCAUCAUCGUUCAGCUCUUUUUUGCGGGUAUUAUUGUGAUAUGUUUGGAUGAGCUUCUUCAAAAAGGAUAUGGUCUAGGUUCUGGAAUUUCCCUAUUCAUAGCUACUAAUAUCUGUGAAAACAUUAUAUGGAAGGCAUUUAGUCCCACCACCAUUAAUAGUGGACGUGGAGCUGAAUUUGAGGGUGCCGUUAUUGCUCUGUUCCAUUUGUUGAUAACUAGAACAGACAAGGUCCGUGCUCUUCGUGAAGCAUUUUACCGGCAGAAUCUUCCCAAUGUGACAAAUCUUCUUGCUACAGUUUUGAUCUUCUUAAUUGUGAUAUACUUCCAAGGUUUCCGUGUGGUCUUGCCUGUAAGGUCAAAGAAUGCUCGUGGACAGCAGGGUUCAUAUCCAAUCAAACUGUUCUAUACCUCCAACAUGCCCAUCAUUCUUCAGUCUGCCCUUGUUUCCAAUCUCUACUUCAUCUCUCAGCUUCUCCACCGCAAGUACAGUGGAAACUUCAUUGUAAAUCUGUUGGGGAAAUGGAAGGAAUCUGAAUAUGGAGGUGGUCAUUCCAUUCCUGUUGGUGGUAUUGCAUACUAUAUCACUGCACCAUCCAGUUUAGCUGAUAUGGCAGCCAAUCCUUUCCACGCUUUGUUCUAUCUCGUGUUUAUGCUGUCAGCCUGUGCCUUGUUCUCUAAAACUUGGAUUGAGGUCUCUGGCUCAUCUGCUAGGGAUGUUGCCAAACAGUUGAAGGAACAACAAAUGGUUAUGCCUGGACACCGUGAGUCAAACUUGCAGAAAGAGCUAAACCGAUACAUCCCCACCGCUGCAGCAUUUGGAGGCAUGUGUAUUGGUGCCCUGACAGUGUUAGCAGAUUUUAUGGGAGCAAUAGGUUCAGGGACAGGGAUUUUGCUUGCCGUAACAAUCAUCUAUCAGUACUUUGAAACAUUUGAGAAGGAAAGAGCCAGUGAGCUUGGCUUCUUUGGUUUCUAAGUUUUGCAUAGCAAUUACUUCUGUUGUGACACUUACCCUUGUAUCAAGUUAUCAAUGUACUUUAGAUCGUUUAAGAUGAAGAGUAGUUUUUUUUUUUUUUUGGUUGCAUGUUUUUAUCAAACUGAGGGAAUAAACAUAUCAUAGUGAUUUUCUUUUA